AUGCUGCCGCCGGGGCGCAACGGCACCGCGGAGCGGGCGCGGUUCCGGCAGCAGCAGCAGCUGGCGCAGCUGGGCGCCGCGGGGGACGCGGAGGGGGCGGCGCCGCUGGGGCCCGCGCAGGUGGUCACCGCCGGCCUACUGACCCUGCUCAUCGUCUGGACCCUGCUGGGCAACGUGCUGGUGUGUGCGGCCAUCGUGCGCAGCCGCCACCUGCGCGCCAAGAUGACCAACGUCUUCAUCGUGUCCCUGGCUGUGUCCGACCUCUUCGUGGCGCUGCUGGUCAUGCCCUGGAAGGCAGUCGCCGAGGUGGCCGGUUACUGGCCCUUUGGGGCCUUCUGUGACAUCUGGGUGGCUUUUGACAUCAUGUGCUCCACCGCGUCCAUCCUGAAUCUGUGUGUCAUCAGCGUGGAUCGCUACUGGGCCAUCUCCAGGCCUUUCCGCUAUGAACGCAAGAUGACGCAGCGCGUGGCGUUGAUCAUGGUUGGCCUGGCCUGGUCCUUGUCCAUUCUUAUCUCCUUCAUCCCAGUUCAACUCCACUGGCACAGAGACAAGGCAGGCUCCUGGGGCCGGGUGGAACCGCCAUCCAGCCUGGCUAACGGGACACCCUGGGAGGAAGCGGGGGAGCCAGAGGUGAGGGCGGAAAACUGUGACUCCAGCCUGAAUAGAACUUACGCCAUCUCUUCGUCACUCAUCAGCUUCUACAUCCCUGUGGCCAUCAUGAUCGUGACCUACACGCGCAUCUACCGCAUUGCCCAGGUGCAGAUCCGCCGGAUUUCCUCCCUGGAGAGGGCGGCGGAGCAUGCGCAGAGCUGCCGCAGUCGCGCGGCCUGUGCCCCGGACACCAGCCUGCGGACAUCCAUCAAGAAGGAGACCAAAGUCCUCAAGACUCUGUCGGUGAUCAUGGGGGUCUUCGUGUGCUGCUGGCUGCCCUUCUUCGUCCUUAACUGCAUGGUCCCCUUCUGCAGCGGACGCCCGGAGGGCCCUCGGGCUGGCUUUCCCUGUGUCAGUGAGACCACCUUCGACGUCUUCGUCUGGUUCGGCUGGGCCAACUCCUCCCUCAACCCGGUCAUCUACGCCUUCAACGCUGACUUCCGGAAGGUGUUUGCGCAGCUGCUGGGGUGCAGCAACCUCUGCUCCCGCACCGCAGUGGAGACCGUGAACAUCAGCAAUGAACUCAUCUCCUACAACCAGGACACGGUCUUCCACAAGGAGAUCGCAGCUGCCUACAUCCACAUGAUCCCCAACGCCGUGACCCCAGGGGACGGGGAGGCGGACAAGGAGGAGGAGAACCCUUUUGAUCGUGUGUCCCAGAUCUCUCAGACGUCCCGGGAUGGUGACCCUGCCGCGGAGUCUGCUUGGGAGCUGGACUGCGAGGGGGAGAUUUCGUUAGGCAAAAUAACGCCUCUCACCCCGGAUAGAUUCCAUUAAACAGCAUAAGGAGUGCCCCUUGUGGAUCUACACAGCAGCACGGACAUCAACGAGCACACAGAAUUCACACUCACCAGUACAUUUCCAGAGCUGCCCAGUGGAUCACAUUUUCUGUGUCUGAAGAAUUGGCAGAAGCAUUUGGCAUCAACUCAGUCAAAUAUACCCCAGCCUAGCAGAAACGGACCAGUGUCCAGUUAGAGAAGAGAAGGUGGUAUUUGAUUCUUUAAAAAAAAAAAAAAAAAAGUAGUAGCUGGUCUUUAAAAAAUACACUCUCCGCUCCCUUUUAAACAAUUGAAUUGAUUAGUCACUUAUUUUUGUUUGGUUGAUUUUUAGACAACAGGAUCUAUGUGGGUGUGUCGUGCUGCUGGGAUGUAUGUGGCUUUUGUGCAUUUUGCUUCUUGUGGCCCUGUGUUAUUGCAGUUUCUGCUGUCUCUGUGUCUUUAUGACAGCUGAUGAACUCUUUCUGAUUUGUUCUGGUGUCUAAUAAACACAAAUUUAUGUGCAUGAUGG